UUGUUGGUCCGUGCAGGUUCGCGCACGGAAAGGUUAGAUCGAACGUACUCGAUCUCGCGUGGAAAGCGUAGCCAAGAUGGUGAUCCGGAAGGAGCUAGUGGAUCAGGACUGGGAGAUUUAUCUCCAUAGUUUUGAUGAGGACACGGCCUGGGGUGUCGACUACCGCCAGGAGAAGAACGUGUACGUCGGCGGCGCGACCAUCUUCAAAAGAGACCAAGCUGGGCAGAUUGUUGAGACUCAGCCUAUCAGAGGGAAGAUUCGGUUUCCUCACGCACCCUUCCGUUUUGGACUCCCCUUAGGGAUGGAUUUUCUCAGCGGUUCGGAGUCGGACCCUAGUGAGGGGCCAGGCUACGAGUCAGGCGAGGGGAGCGAGCCUUCAGUGACUUCCGAGUACCGGAAUCCGACAGAGGGACUUUUGGUGCCGAAGGAGGAGCCGGUGAGCCCCAUUGCACCACCCGAGCAAGAGCUGAAUCAGGGACUCAUGGAUCCCGUACCAUUAGGGUUUGGGUGGAGCUUGGAGGCAUUGAGGCAGUGGAACCUGGACAUGAAAGUUGAGCUUCCGAAGCCAGGAGAGGAGACGCCGGAGCCUUCCAACAUGUGGGCCAGAGAAGAUGCAGACUGCAACGAGUGGCCUUGA